AUGCGCCCCUGUACCGCCUCCUCAUGCUGCUGCCAGGCCUGUAAUCUGCCAUGGGCCCCCGUACCGACUCCUCAUGCUGCUGCCAGGCCCGUAAUCUGCCAUGGGCCCCUGUACCGCCUCCUCAUGCUGCUGCCAGGUCCAGAGUGUGUCAUGGGUCCCUGUACGGCCUCCCAUUGCUGCUGUCUCUAUCGCCACACUCUGCCAUGUGCCACUUUCAGGUCUCCUCACACUGCUGGUGGUUUCCAUUUUUGUCAUAGGGUGCUGUAUGGCCUCCCAUUGCUGCUGCCUCCACCGCCACACUGUGGCUCCACACUCUGGUUUUGGCCCCGUGACUGCCCAAAUGAGUGAAGUGUGCGGUGAUUCUAAGAUCGACGGCACUCAUCUGCAUGUCAUACUGCCUGACAGUAUUAUUUCUCUUCCCCAGCAGACUCCAAGGGCAUUUAAAUUAAAGGUACAGUGUUCAUCACUAAUAUUA